AUGGUCACAGUACCAACCCUAUCUCUGCUGUUGACCCUGGUAGAAUGGGCGGGGCAGACCAGCUCCUCCCCUCAUCUCUUGCUCCGCCCUCGAGAGCGUGAACGUGACCCGGUGGCAUCAAUGCACUUCAAUAUUGCAGUAAUCCAUGCAGGUUCAACUGUUACCCAGCAAGGGGAAGCAGGAGCCGCAGCGGCUGCAGGAAGGGUGCCAUACCCAGGCUUCGGACGUGUGCACAGCAGCUUUGGUGAGAGCGUCGUCACCCAGUGGGGAUCUGCAAAUGUAAUCUGGCUCCAGGUGAAUGACAGCAGCCCCAGGACACUGCUCUCUCAACUGUGUGACCUGCUGGCAGCCAGGCCCCUCCAGGGACUCGUGUAUGAAGAUGAGAGACCCCUCCCAGUGGCUUCCGGCCCCCUCGCCCCCAUGCUGGAGUUCGUCUCGGCCCAAACCGGCCUCCCCAUCGUUGCUGUGGGAGGGGGAGCGGGUCUGGGAAGGGUACCACAGGAGACCGGCUCAAUCUUCCUGCAGUUCAGCUCCUCCACCGCACUGCAAUUGGAGGUGAUCUUUGAGGUGCUGGAGGAGUAUGAUUGGACGGCCUUCUCAGUGGUUUCCACACGUCACCAUGGCUACCAGGACUUUCUGUCAGUGGUGGAAGGUUUGACCGACGGGUCAUUCAUCGGUUGGGAGAAGAAGAGCAUAGUGAUGUUGAAUUUAACUGAUGACCCAGGAGGAGCACGCACACGGCGACUGCUGAAAGAGAAUGAAGCACAGGUGCGGCUGUUGUACUGCUCUCAGGAGGAAGCAGAACAGGUGUUCCAGGCCGCUUGGGCAGCUGGUCAGGCCAGCGCCUCCCACAUAUGGAUCGCGGUGGGUCCGGCUCUGUCCGAACUUGGCCUGAAUGGACUGCCCAAUCGCCUAUUUACAGUCAGGCCACAGGGCUGGAGGGACGAGCCCCGUAGACGUAUCGCCCGUGGGGUGUCCAUCCUUACCCAUGGAGCUGUCGCCCUGCGUAAGGAAUAUGGAGCCACUGGAGGACCACACUUUGUCACCAACUGCCAGACGGACGGGAACAGAACUCAAAGAAUUCGUGGUAGAAUGAAGUAUUUCAGCAACAUCACUCUUGGUGGGCGGGACUAUUCUUUCAAUAAUGAGGGCUACCUGGCCAAUCCCUUUCUGGAUGUCAUCUCCUACACACCUGGGAGUGGCUGGGAAGAUGUAGGAUGGUGGGAGAACGGGGUGUUACGUCUGAGAUACCCUGCUUGGUCUCGCUACGGGCCAUUUUUACAGCCACCCGACGAUGCCCAGCACCUGAGGGUUGUGACCCUGGAGGAACGUCCCUUCGUUAUCGUGGAGCUUGCAGACCCUGCUUCUGGAACCUGCAUUAGGGACUCCGUGCCAUGCCGGCGGCCUCUCAAUGCCACUGCGUCGGGACCACCAGGGGGCCCCCAACCACGUUGCUGCAAGGGCUUCUGCAUCGACAUCCUCAAGCGGUUGGCCAGAAUUGUGGGCUUCACCUAUGACCUCUACUUGGUGACGAAUGGGAAACAUGGGAAAAAGAUUGACGGUGUUUGGAACGGGAUGGUGGGAGAGGUGGUAUACAAGCGGGCAGACAUGGCAAUCGGCUCCCUUACUAUCAACGAGGAGAGGUCGGAGGUCGUGGACUUCUCUGUGCCCUUUGUGGAGACGGGCAUCAGUGUCAUGGUUUCCCGUAGUAAUGGAACAGUCUCUCCUUCUGCCUUUCUUGAGCCCUACAGCCCUGCUGUGUGGGUGAUGAUGUUUGUUAUGUGCCUGACCGUCGUGGCGGUGACCGUUUUCAUCUUUGAAUACUUCAGUCCUGUGGGGUACAACCGGAGCCUUCAGAGUGGCAAGAAGGUGGGAGGUUCUAAGUUCACAAUAGGGAAGUCAAUCUGGCUUCUCUGGGCUCUGGUCUUUAAUAACUCUGUUCCAGUGGAGAACCCCAAAGGAACCACUAGUAAGAUCAUGGUUCUAGUUUGGGCUUUCUUCGCUGUCAUCUUCCUGGCUAGCUACACUGCCAACCUGGCUGCCUUCAUGAUCCAAGAGGAAUAUAUUGACACUGUGUCUGGCCUCAGCGAUAAAAAGUUUCAGCACCCAACGGAGCAGUACCCCCCUUUGAAAUUUGGAACAGUCCCAAAUGGAAGCACAGAGAAAAACAUCCGCAGCAACUAUCCAGACAUGCACCAGUACAUGAUCAAAUACAACCAGAAAAGUGUGGAGGAUGCCAUCUCUCACCUCAAGACUGGCAAGCUGGAUGCCUUAAUUUACGAUGCGGCCGUGUUGAACUACAUGGCUCGUAAAGAUGAAGGCUGUAAGGUGAUGACCAUCGGCUCGGGGAAAGUAUUUGCCACAACGGGCUAUGGCAUUGCCCUGAUCAAGAACUCGCGCUGGAAACGGCCACUGGAUCUGGCUUUACUGCAGCUGGUGGGCGACGAUGAGAUUGAGAUGCUAGAGCGUCUCUGGCUCUCAGGGAUCUGUCAUAAUGAUAAAAUUGAGGUGAUGAGCUCCAAACUAGACAUAGACAACAUGGCUGGUGUGUUCUACAUGCUGCUGGUGGCCAUGGGCCUGAGUCUGCUGGUUUUUGCCUGGGAGCACCUGGUGUAUUGGAGGCUGCGGCACUGCAUGAACAAAAUGGGCCAGUCUGGCAAGCUGGACUUCCUACUCGCCUUCAGCAGGGGAAUGUAUAGCUGCUGCAGUUUUGAGGAUGAGACUGCACAAAGUGGGUCCAAAGUCACAGUUUCUGUCCACCACCACACUGCCAUGAUUACUGCUUCUUCUUCCUCACAUGUGGUUGCUUCAGCUGUAUCGAAUCCAGCCAUUGCGCUGGUGCAGCAACCACAACCACAGCAACCUCUGCCUCCUCAGUCUUACAAAACACCUCUUCCUGGAUCCCCACCCACAAUUGUUCAUUCUGGAGCAACCUUGGGUCCCUCAAACACUCAAAUUUUGGGAGCUCCACUACCAUGCACUACUUUCUUACCAAGGCCUGAUCGCAGGCUGGCGGUUGUGGACCGCUGGAGACUACCCAAAACCACUAGUGCUACCACAUCCAUGGGCAUGAGAGGAGCCCUAUCAGAAACAGGGCACUUACCCCAAAAGGUGGCACCUACCUGGACAGGUGGUGGAGGUGCUGGUAGUGGUCUAGAUGGAUAUAAGCGCUACUAUGGACCCAUUGAUCCUGAGGGACUUGGGCCAUGUGUGGACCAACAGACAGGUUCUCAAACUCCAAAAACAAAGGGUAGAGGGGUUAAAUCUCUGGGGACUCCCAGGCUGCCCCCUAAAAGCCAGGCCCCAGCCCCACUUACACCUAACCCUCCACAGCAGCACCCCUCUCCUCCUCUCCCUUCAUCUUUCUGGAGAAAACGGCGGCCAAAAAAGCACAAAGAAUCUGGCGGCCCAUUGUAUGAAAAUAUUCUACCACUGGGCCGGAGAGGUGGAGGAAGGGAAGUGAGUCGAAGGCCGAGACCCUCACCUCCUCUCCCCAUCCCUGUCACACUUUCCCCAACCUACACUCCUCCAUCCCUUUCUCCCUCACUCCCCUUCACCUCCACUUCAUCUUCCUCAUCCACCACCAGCUCCUCAACCACAUCAUCAGCCACAUCCUCACGCUCCACCUCUCCAUCAUCCACUUCCACGGCUUCAUCUAGCAGCACCCAAGACAGAGAUGCUGAAGAAGAGGAUGAGGAGGAUUUGGACGAGUUGACUGAGGAGUCAAGUCUUCUGCAGGGCCACAACAGAAACCGGGACAGAGAGCGAUCCAUUCUCUCCCCCAGAUCUCUCAUUCAUGGCCCUCCCCCUCCAAUACCCCCACGCAAACCAUGGGGGACUUAUGGAGACAGGGAACAAAAGAAGGAUAGAGAGAGAGAGAGGGGUGGGAGCCAGUUAGCACAGCUCCAGGAGUGGUGGGCAGGAUGGUUAGAGCCAGAGGAGGGUGAUGUGGAGGCAGAGAGAAAAUUAGAGGGGGAUGGGGAUAGAGAAAGAGAGUACUCCUCCUUUUCCACUCAGUAUCACAGCACAUUUGUGGACAAAGGUAGCCUCUCAGCCUGGGAGGGAGACAGAGAACAAGGGAGGAGAGAAGUAGCUGAGGAUGAGGGGAAUGAAAGAGGGGAGAGUGGGGUAGGCAGAGGUAGAGAGAGGAGACCCAAAAGCUCCCAUUCACAACACCGGCCAUCCAGUAAACGCUAUCCCAAUCUCAAUAAACUCCCUUCAUCAGUCAAAUUCUGGGUCAGUGGUGGAGAAAUAGGAGCCACGGAGGUCUCGGGACCCUCACCUCCCUCCACUUUACAUGCUCUCCUCUCUUCUUCCAAAAGACGUAGGAGCAGUGGCACAGACAGAGAGGCAGGAGGGAGAGUAGGAGAGCGGAGACCACUGCUUCUUCGCUAUGAAAGGGGGCGAGUAAACACAAGAGAAGGCCUGUCCUUCCAUGAAUGGGAUUCUGAGGAUGAGGAAGAAGACAAUGAUGAGGAAAGAGAGAGGGAACGAGAAAGGGAGAUAAUAGAGGAGAGAGUACGGCGGGCAGGGGGGAGAGGUGCAGUGUCAGAGUCUGAGCGGGACAGAAUAAGGGCAGAAGAAAGCUUUUCUGAGGAAGGUUCCUCAGUAGAGUUUGGGCAUUUUGAGAGAUAUUGGGAAGGAAAUGGCAUGGGUGGAGCCAGUGGAAUAGGGGGUGGGCGCUGGUUUUUUGGGACAUACCCUGCCCGAGAGAAAGGUGGUAGUAUCAACAGCCGUGAUGACUCCAUUCUGGGUCAUGCUGAAGGGUGGGGUCUGGCAGGUGAUGUUUGGGGCUCAGGUACAGGUGUUGGAUGGGGGUCUGGUGGAGGCAGUGGGGGGCUGGGGCCACCCCCUCCCACUUCUCUACCACGACGCUACUGGUCAGUGGACAAAUUGCAGAUGAAGGGUGAAAAGCGUGGCCGCAGUGGGUCAAAGAGCAAAGGUCAGAGGUCUCGGGACAAAAUGCAAGACACAACUUGUACAUGUACACAGUAUGGGCAUGGUAGGCCUCAUGUACACUCCAAACACAGAAGUGCUCAGUCCCACACUCAGGAGGAUCUGCUUCCUCACUGCCACAGCUUCAGUGGAGGCUCUCGGCCCAAACCACCACCUAAACCUGACAAAUCCAAAUCUGGGAGCCAGUCCAACCUGAGCUCCCAGCAAGCCCAGCUGUCUGAACACAUACCCAAGCCAUCACCCUCCCCACCUCAGCCACUUCUGCCCACAUUAUCUGUACCUUCUGCUCCCAACUCCCUUCCCUUGCCCAUUCCUCCACCUCCAUCCUCUGCAUCUAUGUGCCCUCCACCUGCAGUCUCCAGUGGCGGUGCAUCAGGCUCCUCCCAGGCAGCCACCGCCAGCGCUAAGCUUCAGUACCAGAGACUUCGGUCUGUGCCCCAGCCACGGCGAUUCUAUUCACCCCACUUGCCACUUAAAGCCAAGAGCUUGUGCUCACGCCGUGGUUCUGCCCAUUUCUCCAGCCUAGAGAGUGAGCGCAGCUGGAGUGUAAUGCACAUACAUGCGUCGCACCAAGACGAGGAAAACAUCCAUGACAGUGACCGGAGCAGCAAAGAAACAACAGUCAAAGUAGGGAAUGGCUCAACAGAAUCUGCCACGGUCACAAUGGAUACUCCAGCCGUGAUCCAUCUUCGGUCUGAACUGAGCAUUAUGAUGUCCUCUGUGCUCCUCUCCUCCAAUGAGAACAGUGGAUAG